AUGUCCUCUAAGCACGUCGUGUUUGACAUUGUUGGAACCCUGGUGGCGUACGAUCAUGUCUUCGAUGCCCUCGACGCCCGUCUUGGGGACCGAUUGCGCGCAGAGGGCAUCAAGCCCCGCCUCCUAGGAUUUACAUGGAUGGAAGCUGCCGAGCGCGAGUACACCAAUCUCAGUCUCGCGCAAAGCUAUGUCCCAUUCGGCGAGGUCUUCCGUGCCCUUUUCUAUCGUAUGCUCUGGAUGGCUGGCAUCGCCGAGCCGCGGGAGUGGGCCUCGCCUGAAGACCUCGAAUACAUUAUGAAGGAGUACCAGCUCCUUGAAUUCCGUGCUGGUGCUGCAGAGUGUGUUCAGAAGCUUCGUGAUGCUGGUUUCACGGUUUGGGCGUUCACGGCAGCGGAUAUCAAUCGCGUUGGUGGCUAUUUCAAGAAUGCCGGCGUGGAGCUUCCUGCGGAGAAUCUUCUUUCUUGUGAUGAUGCGGGUGUUGGAAAGCCCGAUCUGGAGGCUUAUCGCCCAUUGUUGGAGAAGCUUAAGUCGAAGAAUGAUGGGAGGACGCCGUGGUUUGCAGCGGCGCAUAUGUGGGAUGUUUCUGCGGCUAGAAAGGCUGGAUUCAAGGGCGCAUAUUGCUCCGUGUGGGAGAAGGAGUCACUUUCAGAGUUGUUUGGAGAAAUGGAUGUGAUGGAUGAUACGUUGCCAGGGAUGGCUGACAAGAUCAUUGCGCAUCAAGCCUCGUCUUAA